AUGACUCUAUAUUACACACACACGCCCAGGAUCCGACUCCAGCUUUGCAAGCCUGUGACGUGGCCUCCGCUGAUCUUUGGCGUGAUUGCAGGUGUCUGCGCUAGUGGCAAUUUUGACUGGUCCACGGCCAGUUCUGAGGAGUACGCCAAGUUAUUCUUGUGCGUCCUGCUUUCGGGCCCUGUCCUGGUUGGCUACACGCAAACCUUGAAUGACUGGUACGACAAGGAUCUGGAUGCGAUCAAUGAGCCCUACCGCCCCAUCCCAUCUGGUCGCAUCACGGAGGAGGAAGUGUGGCAGCAGAUUUACGUCUUGGGUGGCGCUGGCUUAACCAUGGCUCUCAUACUGGAUGUGUGGCAAGGACAUUGGCCUCCCACUGUUUUUGCCGUGGCGGUUGUGGGUGUUUUCAUGGCCUACAUCUACUCCGCGCCUCCGCUUAAGCUGAAACAGAACUGGAUCACUGGCUGCUACGCCUUGGGAUCCAGUUACAUUGCGCUGCCCUGGCUGGCAGGGCAGUGCACCUUUGGCCAGGCGACGCCUGAGAUCAUUGUUCUCACGCUUUGGUACUCGGUGGCAGCUGUCGGCAUUGCUAUCGUGAACGACUUCAAAAGCGUGGAAGGAGAUAAAAAGCUGGGGCUUUCUUCCGCUCCAGUCGUCUUUGGCGUGGAUACUGCAAAGUACAUGGCGCCAAUCAUCAAGGAUUCCGUGCAGCUCACAAUUGUCGGAUAUCUGCUCUAUAUCGGUGAGACAAACUAUGCGCUGGGUCUGCUCGCGCUGCUCCUGCCGCAGGUUUACUUUGCAAAGACUUUGUUCAUUGAGGAUCCCAUCAAGAACGAUGUGAAGUACCAGGGAUCAUCAUUGCCAUUCUUCAGCAUUGGCACCAUUGUGGCAGCCUCCGCGAUUGGCAAUAAUCCGCUGCACUGA